UCGGGAUUUUUCAAGAUAAUACUUGCUGUGCUGCACUCAACGGCCAGUGUCGUCAUUCAGGACAGAGGGAGAUAUAGUCCGCUAAGCAUAACAUCGGAAAGGACAGUUGGAGGUUGUAACAGCACAAUAACAAAGAGUAAUUUUGAACAACAAAAUACAUAUUCUGGCUUGUAUUUGUAUUCCGAAAAAGAUUUUGGUGUUAUUGUAGGUCAGUGCUAUUAUGAUGAACAGACCUCAAAAUAUAACAUAGAAAGUGCUUUGCCUAUAAUUGACUACCAUACAUACGAAUACAUCGCGUUCUGUAACAAGUUAUGCAGUUGUAAGCUUGUUGUAUACUCGUUGGUGUCCGAGAACUUCACAUGCACAAACAUAUCAAGCACAAACCUACCAAGUGCUUCCAAGCGUUGUUACCCUGUCGCAUCAUCAGCAAGCGCCACUGUCUAUUUGUAUGAUUAUGGCGGAUGUAUAAUAAAUGGGAGUUCCCCUAUGCAAGUAGUCAUUUUAAUUCAAGCUUGUUGGAGUAACACUGUGGCGAUGUGCACCGUCAUACCUACGCAUCUUUUUUUAGUCAGCUAUACAUGGAGAUUACCAAAUGGAUAUUCUAAUCAUACUCUUGUGGUGAUAUUGUUGAAAGAAUCGUCGGAUAUGGUCCGCAAUUUUGAUUUGGACGGCAAUUUCUUCGAUGAAGGAUCGCACUACAUUGCGGUCAGCACCGGCGUAACAAUUAUAAGCUAUACCUUAUCAAAAAGAAAAAACUAUUUUCUAAGUAGUGCUUCUAACUCCCCUAUUGGAUGCUACAUUUACGGAGAACAUCAGACUACAAGCUACGCAACACCUUUACACUUCAAAUUCAAUUUCCCUAAAUAUGUCUCUACGUCUACAACAAACACGGGGCACUGGUGUACGCCUAGCUCAACUAUUGCUGGGGAUAACACGGACAACGACUGUGAUGGAUAUAUCGAUGAAGAAAUAGACAAUCAAAAGGACGAUGAUAACGAUACUAAAAUAGAUGAAGACAUAGCUGCAAGUACAGAUACAGGUUGUCUGCCUGGUUGGUUUGGGACUAAAUGUGACAAGUUGUGCCACUGCAACAACUCUCAGUGUCUGAUGAACGGGAAUUGCAAGGAGAAUGUCACCUGUCUUCCGGGAUUCUUUGGCUUACAGUGUCAAUACAAAGACGUCAUUAUGUCGGCAGAGGUCAAUCGACAGGAAAUGAAAUUUCGCCAUUUUGUGAAGUGUUUUAACAAUUUUACUGUCAAGGAUCCUUUGAAUAUAAUAUUCCCCAGUUCGGAAAGAAUCUCUUCGAUACAAAUAGAAGCCGUAUCCAAAGAUGACCUCCUAGAUCUUCAGCUCUACUUUCUACAGAUACCUAACAUAUCGUGCUUUGUUGGACCAUGCCUGAACAGGAGGGACAUCUACGUAGAUAGAAACACUUUGAUUGUCAUGUGUAACAUCAGUAGCAACAUUUGUAUGGUGUCCAUCUCCUUCAAAGGCCUGCCAAAGCCAAGACGACUCUGUGCUGUUUACGUUAAUGCAGGGCGAAAUGUAGCACCGGGCAGUCAAGUAACAAUGUCCAGCUAUUAUAAUGACACUUUUGGACGAGUCAGCCGUGGAUCACUUUCAGUAGAUGGUGAGUCACUAUCCUGUUCCACCUCAGCUGUCAACGACUCAAAUCCAGUUUGGAAAAUGUCAUUUUUGAAUGCCAUGAGAAUCGAUGAGAUUUUGAUCAACUUUGGUGAUACCUCCCCGGAGGAAACGUUUAUUUUAAAAUUCUAUGACGACAAAGGUAACACUAUUAACAAGUGGACUGGCAGAGCAGGCAAAAUGGUGUCUGUCAUAAUACGGAAUCGAUUCGCUGUGUUUAGCAUAGAGGCCGUUCUUUCACAGGGCGUUCUGUCGAUUUGCGAGGUGGAAACCUACGGAGAGUGUGCCCCUCCAACAUACGGCCCUGAUUGCUCAGACAUCUGCAGCAUCUCAUGCCCAGACAUGAUUUGCACCUACGAAGGCUACUGCCGUACGUGCCAUGACGGCACGGGGGGUCCGUACUGCUUCGAAGGAUGUAUAGACUGGUGCGGAGACUACCAGGAGAUGACCAACGCCACCACGACUGCGGUCAUUUCGAAUUGGUCGUACAUCCCCUACCAUUACCAUUCAGGCUUUGGUUUGGAGAACUUCUGGUACUACUUCAUGGUCUCCCUGGUUCUGCUAACUGUGGUCUGCUUAAGUGCUGUAGACCUUAAAAAAACCCACUUAAUACGUAAAGAAAGAGGUGAUAAAGUGGAGCAGGAAACACCAGUACAAAAGCAAGAAAAUGUAACAUCAGAUGAAACAAUUGUACGGAGACAAUCUAUGGAUGUUUCAGUGAAAUCAGAAAAUGCAAAAUCACAUGAAACAAUUGUACAGAGAUAUUCUGUGGAUGUUACAGUGAAAUCAGGAAAUGUGACGCAAUCCGUGACUACAGUUUCAUCAAAGACAGAAAGUAUCAUAGAAUAGCUGACUUUUAGUGUAAAAUAGCAUGUGAUACUGGAAAUGUAUUUUAUAAGCUUCAAUGUCUUUAUAUUUAUUGAGAGUAAAACUGG